AUGUCGGUUUUAGCGGGAAGCAGCGAGGGGCAGAAGAAGGUACUGGCAGCGAAGGAAGAGUCCACACAGCGAGCUGGUAGGAAGCGCAAGUGCGGUGAGCAGCGACGGGACCCCGGGCAAAGGACAGGCUCGGAAGGCAAGAGCUGCCCUGCGGGAGGCAGGGUGUCCGCGGCGCAGGGUCUAGCCCGGGCGCGGCGGGAAGAGAAACGCCGGAUCGGGCCGCUGGACCGUCCACAGUCGAGACCGUUCGCGUCUCUCGCGGGCCUCACGGUCCCCGCUCAAGGCAGGUUUCGCAGGCGCUGGGAACGGGACCGCCCCGGACCGACCGGCGGCGCUGGGCGUUUGGGGACGAUCCUGAGCGGGGCGGGGGGAGCCGAGCCCGGCCGGGCGGCGCUCAGGCCCUUCGCACGGGGGGGCGCGGCGUGGGGACGAGCCCCCCCCGCCGGCGCGGAUCUGCAGGGCCCCAGCAGCCAGGGGCCGGGGAUCGAACCCCGCCGCGCGCGCUGCCAAGCCCGGGGCACCGGACGGGGGGGGGAACGAGCCCCCUCCCUGGAUAUGACCCCUCGCUGGCCACACCGCGCAUGCGCCCCCCCCGUGCAGCUUCACUGCGCACGCGCUGCCUCGAGGCGCUUCCCGCUUCUCUCUCUCCCCCCCCCACCCCCGCCGCGUCUCGCCCCCGGCCCGCCCCGCGGCUCCUCACCGCUGCGCCGCUGCCGUCCCGGGACGCGGGAGCCGAGUGGCGCCGCCUGCCCGCCGGGGCUCGCGCCUGCUCCGCCUUCCCCUCCCCCCUCCGGAGACCCCGCUCUCCACAGCGCGGCGGUGCCUGGCGCGGCCUGA